AGAUAAAUUGGGAGUAACACCGACUAGGGGCUUUUUCUAUCUAAGCAGAGGUCCCUGGGAAUAACAUUGUAUAAAAGUGACGGUAUCUCUUUAUCAUUCUUCCUAAUUCCCACAAAUAGAGAGCUGAGUAGCAUGCAAUGAGAAAAAAAACCAAAAACAAACGGAAAAAUAUGUGUGUUGUGGUCAAAGGUAAAGUCUUUCCUUUGCAGCCUUCAAUUUAAGAAGUCUGUGGGCAUGGAUCCCUGCCAGCAUCAUUAGCAACAGUGAUUCCCCGCUAACUGGUCCUGUUUCCUUUUCUAAUGGAUCACAGCACACCUAUGUGUCUUGCGUAUGCCACAUCUAUCAAAUUUCAUUGUAUUUAGCUCUUGGUAAUUUAGCAUUUGAUCAGCAUACCCCACAAACAAGUAUUUGAAGAUUACAGUAGCAAUAAGUUUAUGAGGAAAUAAUACAUGUUGUUGCAGCAGCCCUGAGUGAAAGCUACUAGUGAGGGUGUGUCUUGAAAAUACCAUAAAGCAGCCUAAUUUCCAAAGAUCCUAGCACUUUUAGGAAACAAUGAUCCUGUAAAGGUAUUGCCUGCUGAGCAUACACAAAGCACCCAAUGUGUUGAAAAAUCUCACCCAUCAACAGUACGUAAAAGCGUGGUUUGUGCUUUUGUCCCACUCUUGGACUGUCAACAGCUCCUUGUUGGGCAAAGCCCUAUGCUGUAGCUCCAUAGGAAAAGCUUGUCCCCAUAUCCCUAAAGGUAGGUUCGCUGUAGGAAACAGCCCUGGAGUUGUGCUGAACCUGUCUUGGCUGGUAUGUUUUACGCUAAGAGAGGGGAUGGUACAUGAGCAGCGGGACAGCCCGGGUCUUGGGAGACCAAGUGCAACCUGGCGCAGGCUUCCUGUGAAGUCAUUCUGCGUUUUUCUGCCACAGCUCCGCAAAAGGAAAAAAAAUCCCUGCCUUCCCUUACAGGACCUAUAGAAGGACCUAAGAUUUAGUGAAUAAAAUACAGACUUCAUUUAAAGCGUUCAACAGAGAGAUAUUUUUUCUCUCAAAUAUUUUCCCACAUGUUCUGAGGAGGAAAAUAUGGAUUGCAGUCAGCUGUUCUCUGAAAUUCCUCUUGCCCUGACUCAUUCUUGGAAGAGAAGCUGAUUCACAUCCAACUGUCUUGGAGGAAAAAUGCCAGCUUCUCUAAGAAAACUGAAGCAAAUGGCUGUUUUCAUGGGACUGUUCAGCAGCGGGGGAUGCAUCGUGAUGUAUAAUCUUAUGCAAAAGAGUUUUGCCAGGACCCAGUAUUAUCAACAGGCUUUGGAGAAAUUGAACAGCAGUCCCGAUGCACUGGAAGCUCUGGGUGCCCCCCCUCUUAAGGUUCACAACAUCCAACUGAUGGAUAGGAGUAACCUCGUGGACUCAGAAAGAGCACAGAUAAAGUUACCAGUAUCUGGAACAAAAUCAGCGGGGUACCUCUAUAUUAACUCAGAGAUGGACCACUCCCAUCAAUGCUGGUGCCUUCAGGAUGUCACCUUGAAACUGCGGGAUGGUCAGAAUAUUCCAGUUUACCACUCCCCCGUGGAAAGCAUCGGUGUGCAAGAAGGUUAAAAAAAAAAAAAAAUCAAAGGCAGCUGCUUCUCCACCUCCCCUUGGGCCGAAGGAGCCAUUAAUCGAUUGCAUCCCGCUGUGUCUGUGAAUGUCACUUGUGACAACUGUGCACAAUUUCACUUAAGUGGGUGCUUUCAAGACAAUUUUCUCUCUAAGACUGAUCUCAUUAUUGUCAUAAUUGUAAUUUCUUUCUUUUGCUGGUUUAUUUAUGUCCUCAGCAGAAGCCUAAAAUAAAUA